GCGCAUGCGCGGGGGCGGAGCCUGGCCGCCGCCAUCUUGCAGCGGGCGCUGGCCCGCCGGUAGCGGGGCGCGGCCCGGCCGGCUCGGCCAUGGAGCCGAGCGGGGGGCGGAAGGAGAGACCGAAGGGCCGCGAGCCGGCGGCGCGCCUGGAGAAGGCCAAGCAGAGGUCGGCCCAGCAGGAGCUGAAGCAACGGCAGCGCGCGGAGAUCUACGCGCUGAACCGCGUGAUGACGGAGCUGGAGCAGCGGCAGUUCGACGCCUUCUGCAAGCAGAUGCAGGCCGGCGGCGAGUGAGGGCCGGGCCGGGCGCAGUGCCGUCCCAGCGGCAGGCAGCUCGGAGCGCCCGGCCCCGCCCCUUUCCUAACUCAGUAUUUAUGCCUUCAAUCUGACAAAGACCUCUUUUUUUUUUUUUUCCUUUCUUGCUUUCUUUUUAUCUUUUUUUUUCUAAAUAAAAGCAGUGGUCGUUCUGCCUUCCUCCGGCUCCCGCUGAGAUGCAGGCCUUCCCCUGGAGCAGCCUAGGGGCAGCAGGCCUGCCCGAGCCCCCCGGGACCACGGGGCUCUGUGCCAGAGCAGCUGCAGCCGGUGGCCGCCAGCCCCGCCGUCCUCCCCGUGCCACGCAGGCUCUCCACCCUCCGCCUGUUUACAGCAGCACAAGUCUCCGGGGCGCUCGCCCCGGGACGGGGUCGUUCUGUCCGUCUGCAGCUGCUGGCGCUGCAGGAUCUCCCUGGGGCUCUGGAGCUACAGAUCUGCUCCGCUUCCUCUGUUGCUCGGCGAGGUCUGACCUUCGCUUCCUUCCCCCGCCCACACGCCCUGCUCCCAGCUGCAGGCGGCAUGCGCCGCUGUUGUUCUCCAGCUUUUUAUUUCCAGAGAGUUCGGCCUGCGGGUUUCAGGUUCCAUUUUUCCCUUCCACAUUCCUUCCUCCCUCCCACACCUCAUCGACCGGGCGCAGAAAGGAAAAAAGAACACGCUUCAGAUAUUAUUUCCCUAUGGCGACACAUCAGAAAUAAAUACUGGAGCGCUCCCCAUGCCUCAGGGCUGGGUUUUGCAAGGAACUGGGGCACACAGGUGUGAUUGGUGGCCAUCUCCCAUCCUGCCAUGGGCUGCCUGCUGCGGGGGCCCGCUUCCUCCUCAUGGUGAGGAUUUCAGGGAUCUAAAGCCGCCGCAAUCGCGCCCUUGCAAUAAAUUAUUAUGUACAGUG